AUGGAAAUUGCAACACAAAAUAAUUGGUUAGUAUUAACUCAAACCAUAUUAUUUGAAAAACAAUAUGGCGGUAAUAUAAAGACCUGUCUACUGGUGGGCGAGAGAUGUUCCCUAUUAUUUGUCCGAGGAAAGAAGAGCAUCAGUGAUGUUAUUGGUGACCGUCUACUAAGAGGGAGAGUAGCAUCCGGAGCUCUUAGUCUUCUCCAAUUCUGUGCAGCCGAUAAAAGGAGGGAAUAUGUCGUUGCUUUGUCAAAUCAUCGGUUUUGUUUCUCCGAGGGUUGCCUACUAAAAGACUUAGAAGAUUUUCAAGAGUCAUACGCGGAUUUUACAUCCUUGAAUGAGCUAUUAGAGGCAAAACACUUUCUACCAAAUGAAGAUAGAUGGGCUAUAAACUCAAUAGCGAAGGGCUCCCAUGACUUUAGCCGUGGUGCCAAGGAGGACCUCCUUCGUAGGCAGGAAAAAGUAAAUUUGAGAUUUUUCCUUUUGACGAGCAUCGUCGGGUCUGUAGCAACAGUUUCCACACCAGCGGUAACAGCCUUGGAUCAUCACCUUGACAUCUCUGAUCGUUUUAAACUAAUUUUUGGCUGGAUACCAGUAGGUUUGGCCAUUAUUUGUUGCCUGUCAUGGGCUGCCAAAGUUGGUGCAUGGGUAAUUUGUUUCUUUUCCCGAAACUAA